CAGGGAUUGGGCAGCGUCGGGUAGGGGGUGGUGAUCCAGUGAGGCGCUGGCGUGCUAGCGGGAGUUCCGGCGGGAGGCCCGUGCUGAGGGCCGGCGCCUUCACCAUGCUCUCGGCUGAGCUGGACUACACCAUCGAGAUCCCGGAUCAGCCUUGCGGGAUCCAGGAGAACAGCGAAGGCGGGAAGGAGGCUGGGACUCAACAGCCUCUGGUGAUUCUUUUGGGCUGGGGUGGCUGCACUGACAAGAACCUUGCCAAGUACAGCGCCAUCUACCACAAAAGGGGCUGCAUCGUGAUCCGAUACACAGCCCCGUGGCACAUGGUCUUCUUCUCCGAGUCCCUGGGCAUCCCUUCACUUCGUGUUUUGGCCCAGAAGCUACUUGAGCUCCUCUUUGAUUACGAGGUUGAGAAGCAGCCCCUGCUCUUCCAUGUCUUCAGCAACGCCGGUGUCAUGCUGUACCGAUACGUGCUGGAGCUCCUGCAGACCCAUCGGCGCUUCUGCCACCUGCGUGUGGUGGGCACCAUCUUUGACAGCGGUCCUGGUGAUAGCAACCUGGUGGGGGCUCUGCGGGCCCUGGCAGCCAUCCUGGAGCACCGGCCUGCCAUGCUGCGCCUGAUGCUCCUGGUGGCUUUCACCCUGGUGGCAAUCCUGUUCCACGUCCUGCUCGCUCCACUUACUGCCCUCUUCCACACCCACUUCUAUGACAGGCUACUUGAUGCAGCCUCUCGCUGGCCCGAGCUCUACCUCUACUCGAGGGCUGAUGAGGUGGUCAUGGCCAGGGACGUGGAACGUAUGGUGGAGGCACGCCUGGCACACCAGGUCCUGGUGCACUCUGUGGACUUUGUGUCAUCCGCACAUGUCAGCCACCUCCGCGACUACCCUACUUACUACACAAACCUGUGUGUCAACUUUAUGCGCAGCUGUGUCCACUGCUAGGGUUCUUGCCCCACCCACCUCACCCCUUCUCCAGAAAUAAAUACCUGACAUCUCUACAACCUAUGCCCAUAGGUGGGGUCCUCUUCUGGUUCAACUCCCUACGGCCGUUGGGACUUUGUGGUCCCGCAAGUGGAGAACUCCCUUGGGUCUCUGUCCUGGGGGACUGUGGUGGCCUGCUUCUCCAGGGAUGUUAGAGGGUGGGGGGUGGGAGUGGUUAGGCAUGUCUCUGCGGGAGCCUUGCAGUGGUUGUGUUUGGACAAGUGCAUCAGUCAGGCUGCUGAUUCCUCUGGCAGUUAGACUGUUAGGAGUAACCAAUGGGGGGGGGGGUUUGCCGGUGAGAGGGUAGAUGAUGAGCCCCAGGGUUGAUCCCUGAUUCCUUGAAUGGAAGGUGAGCUUUGGGAGGUGCCAGAGGGUAGGAUCAGUCUGGGGCAGGGGCUGUGCUCUCUGCUGCAAGGCCCCCUGAAGGGCAGAGCCCCACAGCAUGAAGCACCAUCCCCGUGGAUCUCAUUUGGCAGUUCAUGCAGAGAGACUUUUCUGACCUCAUUGCCAGGGAGUCUGAGGUAGAAGUCAGAUGAGAAACUAAGGACGCAGAGGUGCCAGGCCAACCCGGGUCCACCACUUUGCCAGGAAGCCACUGGAUCCAGGAAAGUUGUAAGGUGUGUUUGUGUAAUGGGCAAAUGGAGUGGGGAACAGGAAGACAGCAACACCACACGGGAGCUGGGACAAGUGAAGUCAGGAGCCCUGAAGCCCAGCUUGAGGGCAAGGGGCUGCCGUUUGGCUGAAACAAACUCCCUCAUCUCCUUGAGGGAGACCCACUUGAUCCUCUCUAGGAAGGAGUGGUGGCUUUAGCUUUCGAGUUCUGUAUCAUCUAUCAUUCAAGUCACUGCUGCACAUGCUGGCACAUAGUAGGUAUUCAGUAACUAUUUGUUGAUUGAAGGAGCUUACUGUGGUGAUUGAGGGACUUAGGAAGCAGGGAUGCGCUUUGAAAGUUUGACAGGCAGUGAAGGAGAUGGCUGGAAAAGCGCCGGGUGGGAGCUGAGUCCUGAUACUCUCGGAGCUGAUGGACCCUCUGUCUCCUGAGCUGAGCUGUCUGCAUUCAGUCCUCUGGGACCUCUGGGGACAGUUGCAGCUGAGUCCUAUGCUGUGUCUGCAUUCUUAGCCAUGGCCAAUAGGUGGCAGUGCUGCCUGUGCCAUGAGACAGCUCAAUCCCACAGCAGGGUGGGCUUCAUGCCCUCACCCUGGGUUAAUGUCCCCUAUUAAGAGAGCAUAUGGCCCGCAGGUGGAAGUAACCAGCCAUCGGGGACCUACUGAGUCCAAGGCAGGAAGAGUUGAGACCUGAAAGGAGCAAGCCUGAUGGGAACUGGGCAUGGCCCACUUCUCUUGCAAACCUUCACUGUGGCUGCUCCACCUCAACAGGCCACAUAGAUUCCCUAGACUCUUAGGCCUCAGGGUCUGGUGUUCAGGAUAUUUGGAGCCAUCAAGCUGGGCAUGGGGCUGUGAAGGAGGGCUCUAACCAGGGUGAUUUGUCAUUGGGUGCAAGAGGCGGCAGGAGCUGCCUACUGGACCUGAUUGUAGUAUGUGCCCACCAUGGGCAUCCCAGAGAUUGGUGUCUAAAGUAGGGGGUUUGGGAAGAUGGAGGGUAGGCCUGGCAUGUGAGAAUGUGUAAAGGAAAGGAAUCUGGAGUUAUGGAUAUACUCUGGGGUCUUGAAUUUUAGUUUUAUUUUCUCAAAACCAGAUUUUCUGUGGCGGGCGAGGCAUCUGCAGCUUUGAGCACCUGCCCGACCAGGUGCCCAGAUGCUGAUCGUUCACCGGUGGUGGGAAGCUGUGAGGAGGAGGAUUUGACAAAGCACCACCUCUAGUGCUAGCUGCCCAGCCUCAGUUCCCUGACUUGAAGGUCCAUCUGGGAUAAUAGGGGUUUCUACUGUUUCUCUUAUGAUCCAGGCGGUAGCUAAUACUGGGCUAUUGGUCACUAGGUUGGAGUAGAAAAAAGCCAUGGGGGUGGCUGAGAUGGUUCGUUUUGGUCCCUGGCUCAUUUCAGGGGAUUAGAAAGGGAUAGAGGCUUGGGGCUUGUGUUUUCACCCCGGCUUAUAGCUGCUCCUGCCCUGGAUUGGGGGAUAGAGCUUGUAUCCCCUCUAUACCCCCAAGCUCUGACCUCUUCUGUGAUUAAUGAGCUGACGAUUCUGCAUCAAUAAGGAAUUAACCUGGAGCCCCUACCCAUCAAUAGUCAGGAGUCUAGGCCCCUGGCCCCACCCCCACCCGACGUGGUGCUCCAGGGUCCCUGAGCAGACCAAGUCUGCACUGCUUUACACACCCAUAGCCAAGUCCUUUCCACCACAUUGCUGCCAGGAAUGAACCCGUGUCUCUGUCCACACCACCCCAUCACCCAUCCCUCACUACACACAUACACAUGGGCACUAGCUGUUUAUAUUGGUUUAAUCCAUGUCAAAUGUAGUUUACAAAGGGAAAGGACAAGUACCUUUGUAUAGAAUAUACAGACACAGCAUCACACCAUGGGGCCCACGGGAGGGGUGGGGGAGACAACACUUUUCCCUGGGAACAGCAGCUCUAAUCCCAGAAAUGAUUCUUGGCAGAAGGCUGGGCACCCAGAAGCCUCAUCCAGCCCCAAUCUCAGCCCCUGCUUCAGUUUGGUUCCCAUUUUCUGUGCCUCCCCCCCCCCCCAAACUCCUUAUCAGGGGCCCCAGGAGCUAAGACUAAGGAGAGGAUCAUGUUCCGUGGGGCAUGUGCCCCAUGUCUGGGAGAAGAAAUAUACACCACUGAACACUGAGCACAUAGGAGGGGACACCACGGGAGAGGGAGAGGCAGGUACCCCAAGGGGUGGAUGGGCCGAGCCCCCAGCCAGCCCUGAAGGGGGCACUGCUUCCAGGUGUUCUUAAAAAAAAAA